GAAAAGAUAAGUAAGAAGAUAGUGACAUAACCUAUGGAAAUAAUCAUAAUUCUAUUACAGACUCCAUUAUUUUAUCUUGUUUUCAAAUAAAUAAUAUCUUUUAAAGGACUUAAAAAAAACAAUAAAAUUAACGUUUAAAUAACUGCUGACCUUGUUCUUGUAAUUUUGUCAAGCAUAUCCGUGUAUAUAUUAGUUUAUGAAGCAUAUCGACGUUUUUUAUACACAUGGUCUUGAUAACGAAAAUUCUAUCACAGUUUAUUCCGAUGUCAGCUCAAAGUAGUCCACUUAUAUUAAGAAUUUUGGCUUCCUCAGUCACCACAGCUGUAAAAGCUGGCAGUAUUAUUAAAGAUGUAAUGGAAAAAGGAGAACUCAAAGUGGUUCAUAAGGGUAUGAGUAAAAAUGACGUUCAAACUGAAGCCGACAGAUCAGCUCAAAGAUGUAUAAUUACAUCUCUUUCAAAAAAGUUUCCUAAUAUUACUAUAAUUGGAGAAGAGGGAACUUUGGAAAAUGAAAAUGAUAUACCCAAUGAUUGGAUAGUAACAGAAAGUGAUGAGUCAAUAUUGAAAUCUACUUGUCCUGAAAAUUUUGCUAAUGUUAAACCAGAAGAUGUAGUUGUUUGGGUGGAUCCGUUGGAUGGUACAUCAGAAUAUACAGAGGGGCUGCUAGAUCAUGUGACUGUCUUAAUAGGUAUAGCAGUCGGGGGUAGGGCUGUAGGAGGCAUAAUCCACCAACCUUAUUAUGACUAUAAAAAAGUUAAGAAUGGCACAGGCAGAACUUUUUGGGGAUUAGUUGGACUUGGUGUAGGAGGAUUUGAAGCUGUUAAACCACCUUCUGAUAAAUUCAUAAUUACAACUUCAAGAUCACAUCGAGAUGGGAAAGUGAAUGAUGCUUUGAAAGCUUUAAACCCAGAUGAUAUUAUUAGUGUAGGAGGGGCAGGCCACAAGGUUAUAGUGGUAUUAGAAGGAAGAGCUCAUGCAUAUGUUUAUGCAAGUAAAGGAUGUAAGAAAUGGGACACCUGUGCUCCAGAAGCUGUUCUAGAAGCAUCUGGAGGAAAACUAACAGAUAUACAUGGAAAACAUUAUGAUUAUUCCAAAGAUGCGCCUUUCCCAGACGACCAAGGAAUAUUUGCAACUGCGAAUGGGGUUGAUCAUAAUGCUCUAAUAGCAAAACUCCCUCAAGCAAUCCGUGAUGCAUUCCCUUAUUAGAAUAAAAUUAUUCAUGCACAUGUAAAAAUUUGUUUUUAACUUUUUAACAAAUUCUAUUUGUAAAAUAAAUUGUAUAAAAAUUAAAGUGUUGUGGAAAAUUUACAAUUAAAUAGAUAGAUAUGCAAAAUAUUGAAAA